AGGAAUAUAAAAUUUGAUUAAAAUUAAUAAUCAACACUUUAUUUAAAUUGUCCUAAUUACUAAAUGUAAGUUAUGAAUAAUUAAUAUUAAGUUUUCAAGUUGUUUUAGCCUAUAGUGACGUCACAAAAAAGAUGAAAAAAAAAAAAGUAAAAAACACAAAAAUAAACAAACUUUUUAACUUCUUGCAAACUUUUUUCACAAAGUUUGCAAGAAGUUAAAAAGUUUGUGGAGCGUGGAGUUGGCGUCAGUCUAAUGUCACAUGUUUGAAUUGUUUUAAUUUUAAUGAUUAUUUUUUAAUUUAGUUACAAUGGCUAAUGACAAAAUAAAGUGUGUUAUAUGUAAAGGACAUAACGAUAAUUUAAUACUUUUCGAGGGUGAUAAACUAAAAAAAUGUCAGCAAGUUUUAAGUGUACGUGUGAAACAUAAAUUAAAGUACAGUGACAUUGAGCUGCCCAUACAAAUUAAUAAGACAGAUGGAUAUCAUAGACAGUGUUAUAGUAGUUUUACUGCUUUAAUGGCAAAAUACCGUGAUACAUCAUCAGAAACAGAUUAUGCCAGUAACUUCACUUCACCCACUUUGUCACCAAGUAUUAUAGUAGAUAUUAGUGAAAAUGCUGCUUCAAAUUUAGAUAGUCAGACAACGUUAGAAUAUGUUGCUUACAGCGAAAUUAAUGUUUUUAAUGAAAUUCCUAAUACUAAUAUUGAAGAUGUUGGAAAAGAUCGACAACUCAAAAAUGUUUGUUUUUUUUGUGAUAAAGAGCGUAAACAGAAUAAGGGUAAACAACAAAAUCUUCAUUCCUCACCCGAUGCAAAGCUUUAUGACAAAAUCAUUGACUGGAUGGAAAAACUUAAUAAUGAAGAAUUAUUACAGAAAAUUAAUCGUCUUAAAUCUGAAAAUAAAACAAUUUUUUAUCAUCAUUUAUGUGAAUUAAAUUAUUUAAAUGAUUAUAAUAAAAUAGUUUCAGACAUUCGACAUACUUCUUGGCAUAAAAAUCGCAAUAUUCAUAAAGAUAUUUUUAAUCAUAUUGUAUCAACGGUAGAAGAAGUAAUGCAAAAAAAAAAAUGUGUAUUUUUAUCAUCUCUCUGUGAUACGUACAAUCAUUAUUUGGAAUAUGAGCAGAAACUAGAGCCUCAGUCAGAUAUUAGUUUAAUAACUAAUCAUUAUCUUGAAGAAAAAAUACAAAAACAUUUUAAGAAAAGUAUUAAAUUUAUAUCGAAGCAAAACAAAAUAAUUAUCAUUCAUAAAGAUUGCAGCUUACUAGAAAAUGAUUUCACAAAACUUGAAGAAGACAACUUAAUUGAUAAAGUUGCAUUAACCUUGCGAAAUGCUAUUUUAAAAAUUGAAAAAUCAAAAUUACCAUCGAAAAUUAAAACAAACGACUUAAUUACUGGUGAAUGCGUGAUUCCUGAUAAAUUAAAUCGAUUCUUCAAAGUAUUGAUGGGGGGUAAAGAUAUAAGACGCAGAGAUAGUUUAAAUUGUAGUAGAUUGACUUCCUCACUGGCUGCUGAUGCCAUUUUUUGUGUAAGUAAUGGUACUGUUAAACCAUCUAAACAUAUCACUCUUGGUAUGACUAUAAAAAGUCUAACAAGCAGCAAAAAAAUAAUAAAUAUUUUAAAUAGAUUUGGACAUUGCUGUAACUAUACCACUCUAGAAGAAUUAGAAACAGAAGCAACUAUCUCAUCAGUACGUCAAUCCCAAGUUUGUCCUCCAGGCAUUAUUUUAAAUCCUUCGCUAUGCACCGGUGUAGCAUUCGAUAAUUUCGAUAGAUAUGUUGACACGUUGAAUGGAAAAGAAACUUUACAUGACACUGUGGGGAUUAUAUACCAAAACAUUGAUAGUUAUUCCUGUAGUGGAUUUAACCAAGAUGAUGGUAAUGCAAACUCCGAAAAUGUGUCACCAACAAGGCCACCUCAAAAAAGAAGAAGAACUUUGACAGAAAUUACUCCAGAUAUUAUUCCUUAUAGCAAGCGAUUAAAGAUUUUGGUUCGCUUAACGCCAGUUCAAAUCGAUCAAACAUCACCUUUACCCGAAAAUUUCUCAUCUAUACAAACAAUUGAUCUAUUGCAUUUGCUUUCAUAUGUUUUUCACGUGCCGAACACACCAUCGUGGGCAGGAUUCAAUUGCAGAAUUAUAGAAGACAAUAGUCCAAAACAGAAAGUAUCUUAUCUUACUCCUAUUAAUUUAUCACCUACAAAUGUAUCAGUAGUAGCCUACACAAUGGAACAAGCACAAAAUGUUGGUAAAGAAUGUGGUCAAACUUAUGUACAAGUUACUUAUGACUUAGGCAUUGCUAAAACAGCUUAUAAAAUUCAAGCAACAGAAGGUUUAAAGUUUAGUAAUCUUUUCAUACAUCUUGGCUCGUUUCAAUUAAUGAUGGCAUUUUUUAAAGCGGUAGGUACUUUUAUCAAUAAGUGCGGGUUAUCUCACAUGAUGAUUGAGAGUGAAAUUAUUGCUUCGGGGUCUGUAAAUGGAAUAAUUGAGGGUAAACAUUUUAACCGUUGCAAACGUCUACACCCGUUAAUUGCAUUAGGCUUACAAAUAUUGCAUUUCGAUAUAUUUUUAAAGAGUAAGAAUGCUGAACAUGAUUUUGUGAAAGGACAAAUUUAUGAAGAUCUGCUAGAAUAUCAAAACAAAAAAAUUUCGUUACCACCAUCAGCGAGCACGGAUUUAAUACCAAAUGAAGUGUUAUCGGAACUGCUCAAUUCUUAUAAAAGGUACGUAGAAAAUUCCAGACAAGGCAACCACGGAAAAACAGCACAAUUUUAUAUGAUCUACAUCGAGUUAAUUAGUCACUACAUAAACCUGUCGAGAAGCAUACGUAUGGGUGACUUUGAAAUGUUUAAGUACGUGAUUCCGAAAAUGGCAAAUUUAUUUUUUAUUGUUAAUCAGCCUAACUACGCUCGAUAUUGUGUAAAAUAUUCGGAAAAUUUGAAUAAUGUCAAUAAAACUCACCCUGGACUAGAAGACGAUUUUUAUAAAGGAAGUUUCGGAGUAAAAAGAACCGACAAACCAUUCUCACGAAUACCGAUAGAUCUCACUCUGGAACAAACAAUAAAUGCUGAUGCAGCUAAACGAUUGAGUGGUAUUGCUCACUUUACUAAUUCUAUAGCUGCACGACAACGAUGGUCAAAAAGUCACAGCAUAAGAGCAGCAUUGAUAUCACACGUCUUGGAUGUUUGUGGCUUAAGGAACUUACAAGAUAUAACAGCAGAAUUACAACCUAACAGAAUUAAAAUCUAUGGAAAACAAAUUGCUGAUUUUAUUGAAAUUCUCAAAGCAAAUUGCAAUCCAUUCGAUCCACAAUUAGAUAAAGAAAAUCUGUACAACAUUGCUACUUCAAAGCCUGCUUCUCCUGAAGUUGCUGACUUUUUAUUGAAUAUUCAAGAGAAUGGUGAGAAUUUAAGGAACCGAUUUAUCAAUGAAUGCGCAGAUGAUGAGAGUAGAUUUGAUAAACCAAUAAAAAAAAAUAAAGUUUUUAAUUUUGCUGAAGCGCCAAAAAAGAAGAAAUUGACGCUAGGGAAUAAAGUUGUUGAGCUGCGAAUGCAGAGAGAUCUAUUUGGUAGAAUGCUGGGAAUUUCUCUCACUCACAAGGUUGACAUUGAAAAAGUUUUGGCAUUUCCACUUACCCCGAUGCCAACGUCAAUGUGUCAUCCAGAUGGUUCAAUAUGUAAAACCGACAAAUCGCAAUUAGCAAAGUUAAUAGAGAAGAAAUUGGACAACACUAUAGAUCGACAACCGUCAACUUUUGAUGUUUGUCUUGUUGAUGGUUUUUUUUUGUUGCAUCUGAUGAAAGAUGUGCCACAAACCUAUGAAGGUAUUUCUAAGAAGUUUCUAUGUACUAUCUCCCAAAUGAAAUCUGUACGAAUUGAUAUUAUCUUCGACCAAUAUUUUUUGCCUUCUAUCAAAGAUUGUGAACGUUUACGGCGAGAAGAAGCAACCAGCCCUGUCUCAAUCGGUCCUAACCAAAUUCGGCCCCAUAAUUUCGCAGCUGAACUUAAAAAUGUGCAAUUUAAAGAAGCUUUGGUUAACUUUUUUAUUGAUCACUGGGGUAGUGAAGACAUGUUGCCGUUCAUUGGUAAUAAAAACAUUUACGUAAGUUUUAAUAAAUGUUAUUCAUACAAAGUGAUAAAUAACAAAGUAAUUAAAACUAUUGAAGAAUCAUUAUCGUGUGAAGAACACGAAGAAGCUGAUUCUAGGAUAAUUUUUCAUAUUUGCCAAAUCGAUUUUGACGCAGAAGUUGUUAUACGCUGUUCUGAUUCUGAUAUUUUAAUUAUACUUCUGGGAAAUAUGGAUCACCUGAAAAAAUCUUUGAAAAUUUGGAUAAAUAUGGGUGUUGGAAAUCAUCAGCGUUACAUAAACAUCAAUGAAUUGUACCGAAUUCUUGGUGACUCUUUAUGCAAAGCUUUACCAUGCUUCCACGCAAUCACCGGAUGUGAUUACACGCCAGCUUUUUUUAGAAAAGGCAAAGUUAAGCCUUUUAAAAUAUUAGAAAAUUCUGAGGAAUACCAGUUAGCUUUUGAUAAUAUAAUUUCGGAUGAUAAAGAAGUACUUGAAACUACGUUUGUAAUCCUGGAGAAAUUUAUUUGUCAAAUGUAUGGAGUUAAAAAUUGUUCGAUUGUUAAUGAUGUUCGAUUUCAUUUAUUUUCAAGUACGUUUAAGUCAAAAAAAUCAGAUGAGAACUUUGACAAAAAAUUUCGAAACUUUGACUCAUCCAGUUUGCCACCCUGUAAAGUGGAAUUGGAACAGCAUUUAUUGAGGGUUCGUUACGUGACGAAAAUUUGGAGAAAUGCUCACUUAAAACAUCCAACAUCUUUAUCUCCAAUGGCUUUUGGGUGGACCAUUAACGGUGACAAAUAUGAUUUUGUUUGGUUUUUGGGAGAUCAAUUACCAUCCUCAGUUGCAGAUAUUAUUGUUCAAAAUGAUAGAGUUUUAGAAGAUAACGAAAGUUCCCAAGAAGAUGAUAUGAAUGACACCGACAAAGACAGCGACGAUGAUGAUGAUGAUUAUGAAGAUGCCUCUUUUUGUGACGUCACUAUAGGCUAAAACAACUUGUAAAACUUAAUAUUAAUUAUUCAUAACUUACAUUUAGUAAUUAGGACAAUUUAA